AUGAAAGCUGGCAAUAGGAGAAAGAAAGCUGGAAAGAAAGGAUGGAGAAUGAAAGCUGACAAUAGGAGAAAGAAAGCUGGAAAGAAAGGCUACCCCUCAAUCACAGCGAGAUUUCAGGCCACCGACGCCGUCCCUGUCCCUGCCGGCGGAGGCGGGCUGACGUCCAAGGGGUGGCAUCCGUGUGCCGGCGCCGCCGCUUUCGCAGCUGCCGCCGGCGGAGGCGGAGGGUUCGUCAGCCAACAUUUUCCUGUGGAGAUUGCCGCUUUGAAGCCCCACGCCGCACUUACAAUUUUUUGGUUUGGUUUGGUUAAUUUUGAAAAAGGUGCCAGGGAUGAGUUUGUAGAUGUUGUUUCUACCUUUACUUUUGUUGGUGCAGUCAGGGCAUUACAUGUGCUUCCUCAGGAAUCACCUACCUCAUUGAAAGAACCAUUGGGCAUUGUUUAUUCAAAAAAAUCAUCAGAAUCCAAUAUAGAAGGCUUGAAUGCUAAGUCCCAAGAAAACGUUCGCAUUACUAAACAACUCGCAGGAGAAUCGGGAGCAGAAGAUGAGUUUUCCAGAUCAUCCUCUUGGAGCAAAACCAGUCUUUGGACGAAAAUCCCAUCAGGAAAGUUACUCAGAUAUGUGGAGCUGACGGUGAAGGACGAACAGAAAAGUGGUUUAAUGGAAACUCAAGCAGCGGAACCCGAAGUGGUUCGAGAAAUCGAUGUUCAUUUUGCUCAUUCAGUUGAUUCCAAAACUCAGGGUGAGCUAUGGGUAGGUGGCCGACGACCUCCCGCUACCGAAGGCAACGAUGAAGCUGCUCUGAUUCACAAGCAUCGAGAAGCUGGGCAAAGUUGGCUUGAAAGGCCUACGGCGACACUAAUCGGGAAAGGUCACCGCUCUCUUAAUCUUACUUUCAGGAAAGAGCUGCAUCUAUAUGCCAAUGUUAGACCUUGUUAUAGUCUACCUGGGUACAAGACAAAAUACGAUGUUGAUCUCCUUGCUGUUCGAGAAAACACGGAAGGGGAAUACAAUGGACUUGAACAUCAGACAGCAGACAAGUCUGAGGGUUGUCGAGUAUUUCACUACGCCAAGACCCAUGGACGAGAAAGAGUAUCUGCCAUUCACAAAGCUAAUAUCAUGCAGAAAACUGAUUGUCUUUUCCUUAAGCUGGUGAAGAUUCCAUCACUUUUUGAUGUGUUUGUCAUGCCAAUUCUUUAUGGUGGCAUAAUGAACAACCUAUGCGCUGGUUUGAUAGGAGCAUUAACAUUGGUGAGGGAGGUAAUUGCUCUUGUCGAGGCAGUACAUGGUUCUGGACCUGAUAUUGCCGCGAAGACUUCAAUUCAGCUAAGUCUCGCCUUUAUAGAACGUGCUGAGAAGUUCGCUAAUUCUCCUAAUGUAUGGCUCGGAGAUAAUUGCAAUACUGUGCCAAGACUUUCAAUAGACUCUGUCGUGGCUAGCAUGGAUGCAAUUGAUAUGGUGUUCGUAGGAUCAGUUGGAGUGCUUGAAAGUGGUUGUAUUAUAAAUAUGAUGGGCACCUACCAAACUGCUUUGGUUGCUAAUAGCGUGAACAAACCAGUCUAUCAAUUCAAUCAACAGAGAUAA